AUGGACAAGUCCCCGGUGGUCACGGCGGAAGAAGGAGAACAUUCGGGUACCAAGGAAGUGCAACUUCCCAAUCCCAAAAUCUCUUUGUCGGAUCUCAUCUUUGUCAUAUGCGUGGACACAGAUGCAAAGAAGUUAAGCCUUGUGAGAUUUGGUGAUGACCUCAAGUUUGGCUCCAAUGGUCGGUUCCUUAUAGAAGUCGAAGACUUGAGCGGUUCCGGAGUUACCAAGUCCGGCGGUAUGGAUGAUGUAACGAUCAAGUGGAGAGUCGUUUAUAAAAGAUUGGAAUGA